UCAGCUAUUAAUGAAUCUUGUUAUAACAUCGUAAAACUUCGGUUGAGAUUGAUGUAUUGUCACAAUACACCAUCUUGGAAUGGAUUUUCAUAUCUAACUAAACUGAAAGUAUUAAAAGUUAUAUUUCAAACUGAUGACGAUAUUACAAGACGUAAAUUAUGUAUGGCUUUAACAAAUUCAUUGAUAAACGUUGCUGGAACAUUGACUGAACUGAGUCUGUCGAACUGGAUCGAAGGCAGCAAUCACUGUGAUGAAAUUACAAGAGAUCUCACUACGGUGAUUCCUGAGCUGAAGGCCUUGAAAACAAUUGAAAUUUUUGGUAUGGCAAUUGAUCCUGAUUUAUCCAUGUAUUUGAAAAAUUCUAAAAUAUUAGCCAUUAAUUUUGACAGUCUUUUAACUGAAUAUUAUAGUUUUAAGCCCGAUAUUUUUGAGGGAAAGAAUCGUAAAACACUCACCGAAUUGGAUUUGACUUCUUGCCAAGUUUCAAAUGAUUUUUUAUAUAAUAUUGCCAAUUGCGUGGAAAAUGUAAAAAUAUUAAAAGUAUCGUGUGAACGGGUAACUGAUAUUGGCAUAGUAGCUAUAUCGAAGAUAAAAUUUUUACAACAUCUUUAUCUUUUCGGCCAUAGUCACGUUACUGACUCUUCAAUUAAAUUGCUUAAAAAAUUAAAAAUUUUACAUUUACCUAACAGCAAUAAAAUUACUAAUGAUUCAGUCACGAAAAUUCUUGAAAAUUCACCAAAAAUGAAAGAGUUUCAUAUUGUAGAAUCAGCUAUAACUGCUGAUUUUAUAAAAAAAGCAUCAGAAAUAACUAGAAAUCGUAAAAAAAAAUUGAAGUUAGAAGUUUCAUUUAUACCUGGUAUAAAACAAUAUCAAUCACCAUAUCUAGACAUUAUCCAGAAUCCACCAAAAAAAAAUUGAAGAAAGUAUGUUUUUUUUUUUAUUGAAGUAGCUUCUGA